CUGAUGUUUCCGUAAAAUGUCAUGUGUUGCGCGUUAUCGCCUUAUUUUCGUCGUCUUGUCAAAUGUCACGUGAAACUACCGAGCAAAUAAACAUGAGAAAAUAAAUUACGAGAUUCGUGAUUAGCCUCACAAAACGUAGGUGAUGUUAAGAGGGCCAAGAAAACGUCACAAAAUCUCGAUGCUAGAGAAUACUUUACAAAGAUGAAUGCGGUGAUAGCAUUAUGCACUUUUUGCGAAAUGCACGGCCCCAAAGUCAUCUUUACCACGCAGACAUACAAAAGUUUUGAAAAUCACAACAGUGAUAAACUAAAGUUCUAUGGACCAAAGGAAGUGUUAAGGCAGGCGCAAGAUUUAUGUACUGAAAUGCAGUCUAAUUGCGAAGGAUGUCACAGCUUAGGUAAUCUUAAAUAUUUGAGCAAUGAACAUGAGACCAGGACUUCCUUUCUGUCGGCUCAACAGUCUUUGAUGCAUGACAUCGGAACUCAUCUUAAACAUGCUUGCAUAAGGAGUCUAAGCUGUGAAGUACAUCCUGGCAAAGAAGGUGUCUGUUACUUUGGAGAUGAAUCGAGGGGUCAUGUUUUGAGUCACACUUUUUCAUUGAAAGAUGCACAAGCUAGAGGACUCCGGAGGUGGUGUAGUUUCAUUGUUUUUAUGCGAGACAAGCAAUUUUUAUUGAACAUGUGGCCUUUUCUGGUAGACAAUCUAAAGGAAAUAAUCAGGGAAUUACAGGAGUUUGCUGAGAAAAAAUACAAUGCUGAAGAAGCAGAAUGCCCUCAAAGGGUUGUUAGAAUGGCUACAGUUAACAGUGGACCAGCAUUGCAGUCUAAUUCUAAUAAACAACCACGUGGUCUUAGUGAAAUUACAAAUGAAAAGCAUGUCUUUGUAAGAAUACACAUGUGGUUUGUAUGGAUACUGAGUGCAGGAGCACGACAUUUUGUAGAAAUACUACCUUUGAGUUUGUUAGACGAAGAAGUCUCUUUCAAUCUAGAACAUCAUUUGGAAACUGAAGAAGGAUUUACAUUGGUCAAUGCCAAAGCUCCUAUUAAUUUAAGUGUGGAUAACAGAAUGCCGGAUUUUAUCGAAAUUUCCAAUCUCAAUCCCAUGUCGAUUUUGAGAAACUUAAGAAAAUCGCUUGGACGUGAUCAGUUUCGACAGAUAUUAUAUGCGGCUUUAAUAGGCAUUCAGAUACUUGUUAGGGGACCGCCGCUACAGACUCUCGAAUCUUUGUACGGAUUAUGCUCACUUGUGCCGCGAGCAUGUCGAAGGGUGAGAACCAGGGCAAAUGAGUACUUGGAUUCUAAUGUAUGCAACUUUAUUAGUGUAGAUACAUCAGUUGCAGUGCCUUUACCUUGUGCAGAUGUUUGUAGACUUGACAUUCUCCCUUUGGAGCACAGGACAGAUGACACAAGGUCACAUGUGAUCAGGUGGACAGGAGUACUGCCAUUGAAGCUUCCUACUCUCUUAAUUAAAUUGGAAAAAUCGCUCGACAAUGAAAAAUUAGUUGACUCGGUACUAGAAGUACAUUUUUCUACUUUACAAGAAGAAUGGGCCAACAUUGCGAAAGUAGUUCAUGCUAUGCAUGGAAGAGGCCAUAGAGGAAAUUUGACAAAUUUAAUGCUAAGUUUAGGAGCUGGUCCACAAGACAAAAAGCUUUUAGAUGCUUGGUCUAUGGGUUUACCCUCCAAUCCUGCGUAAUAUUGCGUUCAAGAAUCAUUUUUUUUCUUGUUUCCUAGAAUGGCUAAGCAGUAUUUAUUUAUUGUAAAAAUAUGCAUGAAGGUAUAAUCUCUGUAAAUUUUAUGUGUUCAAGGUUGUGCUAUUUUUUAUUUAUUAUCAAAUUAAAAUUUGUAACUAUAGCAGUAAUAUUUGAUUUUAUAUAUUGUUGAAAGAUAUAACUUAGGCAUCAGAAAUUGUCUACAAUAAAAAUUAUUUAUGGUUGAGAAACUUGAUUUUUUCUUUCAAAACAAUUUUAACCAACACAUUUCACUUUUAUACAUUUAAAAAGUGAUUUUUCGAUGUGUACGAAAUUGACGAAAUAAAGAAAAAUAUCCUUCAUUGAGCAAUAAAAGAUGACACUUUCA